AUGGAAGACUUGCUCGAUGAGUUUGCAAUUAAAGCCGCUCAAGUUGAGUCGGAGGUAGAAACCAACACAAUUAGAGGUAUGGAGAAAUGGCAAUUUUCUUUCUUUGGCCAAUUGCGCUCGCUCAUGUCUGAAAACAAGGUACAAGAAAUCAAUGGCAGGUUGAAAACGAUUAUUACUGGAAAGGCUCAUCUAAGCUUGAGAGAGAAUGUUGCAGACAAACUCAACUACACAAGCAAAAGGGAUCCCACCACAUCUCUACCAGAACCUCAAUUUUUUGGCAGGGAAAAUGAAGAAGCACAUAUACUUGAAUUAUUGAUUGGUGAAGUUGAAAAUUCUGAUCCCACACUGAGCAUAGUCCCCAUAGUUGGGAUGGGAGGUAUUGGAAAGACGGCCUUGGCUCAACGGCUAUAUAAUGAUGCCAUAGUGAAUGGAUAUUUUGGGGGGAGAGCAUGGGUUUGUGUUUCAAAUAAUUUUUAUGUUCUUGACAUAACAAAGACUAUCUUGCAGUCGAUCACUAGCUUAUCCUAUGAGGGCAAAGACCUUAACAGGCUUCAAGUUAAGUUGAAAGACAAUCUAUCUGGAAAGAAGUUUCUUGUGGUUUUAGACGAUGUUUGGAAUGGGAACUACAAAAAAUGGACUAACCUCUUAAAGCCAUUUGAAGUAGGUGCCAAGGGAAGCAAGAUCAUUGUUACGACUCACAACCUUUUUGUUGUUUCUAUAAGAGGAGCUUUGCCGUAUCCUUUGGAAGAGCUAUCCCUUGAUAAUUGUACAAGCUUAUUAGCCUUUCUUGCUCUUGGAGAAACAAAUUUUGAAAGCCACUCAGAUCUUGAAACAAUAGGCAAGCAAUUAGCUGAAAAAUGUAAAGGCUUGGCUUUGGCAAUGAAGAUGUUGGGCAAUGCCCUAUGUAAUGAAAGGAAUCUAAAUAAAUGGGAAGCCAUCUUAAAUAACAAAAUAUGGGAUCUUCCGAAGGGAAAAAAAGAUGAGGUUCUCCCAGUUUUGAAAUUGAGCUAUGCCCAUAUUUCCUCUUAUUUGAAGAGAUGUUUUGCUUAUUGUGAAGUAUUUUCCAAGGAUUAUGAAAUUGAGAGAAAUGACUUGGUACUCUUAUGGAUAGCAGAGGGCUUUUUAGAUGGGCAAGAAGUUAAGGAGAAUAUCUUGAGACUAGGAUGGGAUCACUUCGAUGAGUUAGUAUCGAGAUCAUUUCUUCAACCAUGGGUUCAUCCUUAA